AGCAUAAAGGAAGCUGUCAGCUGCAUUCUGCUUCAGCCAAUAGUAGCAAAGCUCCAUCUUAGCUGUACCAGAAGCUGUAUUAAACAGCAGAUCAGCACUGUUCCAGCAUCUUUUCAGAAAAGAGAGAGAGAAAUCAGAGGAGUUUCCAAACAUGGCAACUUUCAACAUUAGCCGCUGGAAUGAAACCACAUCCCUCUAUCAGUAUCUUGGCUUUCAAGUGCAGAAAAUUUACCCUUUCCAUGACAACUGGAACACUGCCUGUUUUAUCAUCCUGGUCAUAUUUAUAUUUACUGUAAUAUGUUUGGUGGUACUAGCCUUUUUAUAUGAGCUGCUUGACUGUUGCUGCUGUGUUAAAAACAAAACCAUGAAAGACUUGGACAAUGAACCCAAUCCUGUUAGAUCUAUGAUGAACAGCUUCAGAAAGCAUGAAACGGAAGUGGUGUAGUUGUGGAGUGAUCUUCAGCACCAGAAACAAACAUAUGUUCAACAUUAUAUUGAAGCCUCUUGUAUUUUAGGACCAAGCAAUUCAGAUCCUGUUUAGCCUUAAAUAUCGCUAUUAGCAGUCCCUUUUUUGCCAAUGGGUAGAAACCUGAAAAGGUUACAAAAUACUUGCUAAUGGUUAAUGUCACUAUGUGGUGUGAAAACAGAGGGUUGGUUUUGUUUUAUAAUGAACUGCUGUUGACUAGUACUGAUUAAAUAAAUUUUUGUUCAUCUAA